UUAGUUUAGUAUUCAGAAAGCAACCUUCCUAUAUAUAUUUACACUAAUUUUUUUUCGAUUGUGUUUAUUUGUUUUUUUAAUAUUAAAAUUCACAAAAUAUUUUUUGAAUUUCGAUUAUCAACAAUUUAUUUUUGUGACAAUUUUUUUUUCUCUUCGAUUUUUUAAUAGAGAAAAAAAAAUUUUUUUGAACAAGUUUAUUUUGUAUUGCAAACGGGGGCUUCUAUUACAAAAAAUUGUAAAAAGUGCGAAAGCAAAAAAGAGAAAAGGUUUUUAAAUUCUUCUAUUUAAGAGAAUUGGAAUAAAUAUUUCAAAAUUAGGAAUAAUUUUGAAAAUUUCAUUUUUAUUCCAAGAUGUCUAAUAAUUUUGGUAGUUCGCGAGAAAAAUGGCGCGUACUGGCGUCGAAUAUUGCAAAGAGAACUCACAAUCCAAUAAGAUCUAUUGUGGAAAAUAUUGUUGUCGAUCCUAAUCCCAAUAAAAAAAUGAUUGCACUUUCUAUUGGUGAUCCAACGACGUUUGGGAAUUUAAAACCCGCAAAAGAGGUCAUUGAGGCAGUUCAAGAAAGUGUUAGCUCGCAAUUAUAUAAUGGAUAUGCGCCCUGUACAGGCUAUCAAGAAGCUCGAGAGGCGGUUGCUCAUUACAGUUCAAAUGAAUUUUUAAAAGUGGAUCCUCAGGAUGUAAUCCUUUGUAGUGGAUGUUCGUGCGCUCUGGAUCUCUGUAUUACAGCAGUGGCACGUGAAGGACAAAAUAUACUAAUUCCAAAACCGGGUUUCUCGAUAUAUCGAACACUCGCCGAGGGUCUUGGAAUUACAGUGAGAUCCUAUAAUCUAAGGCCCGAUCGUGCCUGGGAAAUUGAUCUCGACGAUUUAGAAUCGCAAAUCGAUGAAUCGACUGCUGCAAUUAUUGUAAAUAAUCCCUCGAAUCCCUGUGGCUCAGUUUUUAGUAAAAAUCAUCUUCUCGAUAUUCUUGACAUUGCUGCCAAAUAUUAUGUGCCAAUUAUUGCCGAUGAAAUAUACGAACACAUGGUUUUUCCCGGACGAAAAUACUAUUCUUUGGCAUCGUUAUCAACGGAAGUUCCGAUAUUAUCCUGCAGUGGCUUGACCAAAAGGUUUCUCGUACCUGGCUGGCGAAUGGGUUGGAUUAUUAUCAACGACCGGCAGAAUAUUUUAGGAAAAGAGAUUCGAAAAGGACUGAAUUGCUUAAGUCAGCGAAUAAUUGGCAGUAAUACGUUAAUUCAAGGAGCGCUUCCACGAAUUUUGAGCGAAACGCCGCAGAAUUAUUUCGAGGAGAUUAUACAAACUUUAUAUAAUCACUCCAAGUUGAUGUUUAAUUACAUCGUAAAUAUUCCCGGACUUAAACCAAUCAUGCCAGACGGCGCAAUGUACAUGAUGGUACAAAUAGAUCUGGAUUCAUUUCCGGAAUUUCAAUCAGAUCUUGAAUUCGUGCAACGAUUGUUAGCAGAGGAAUCAGUGUUUUGCCUUCCUGGAAAGUGUUUCGAUUAUCCUUCGUACAUAAGACUGGUAAUAUCUCCACCUAUAGACAUGUUGGAAGAGGCAUGCAACAGAAUUGAACAAUUUUGCGUGAGGCAUCACAUCAAAACUUCUCACUCGACAAAUUCUCUAGACGAAAUUGUUAUUCCAUAUUAAGACUCAAAAUUAAGCUAUUUUCAUCGAACUAAAUAAAUUCUAUUAUUUAAGUUUGUAAAUAGUUUGUAAACAAUUUUAAAUAGUCGUACGAUUAAAGAUAAGACUGUUUUAUUCUACAUAAAAUAUGUUCUACCAUUUUUUCAUUCUCUCCACCAAACAAAAACUAU